AUGCCUCGCGUCGAGUCUGUCAAACACAUAUCCGCCCAGUUCUACCACUCACAGUUCUCCAACUCCCAAUAUCUCCACGACUCGUCCUCAUCCUCUGCGUCCCCACCGCUCUCCCCCGUCUCCGCCCACCAGACCCACCAUAGUCACUCGAACAGCAACAGCAGCAAUACAAGCAGCAGCGCAGCCAGUACAACCCCGGGCGCCAAGAAGAAGCACGUAUGCGGUACAUGUGACCGGGCGUUCACCACCAGCGGCCAUCUCGCCAGGCACUCUCGCGUACACACCGGUGAACGCAACCACAAAUGCCCCUUCCCCGGUUGCGAAACGCGGUGCUCGCGCCAGGACAACUUGCAGCAGCACUAUCGGAUCCACCUUUCUCCAGGAUCUCGCCGUAGCUCGACUCGCGCAGGCUCAACUGGCCGCAUCUUGAAGAAAGGCUCACUGCCUCCCCCGCCCUCCUCAUCUGCUACACCCUCUUCAAAUGGGUCAAACAACCACACCACCGCAUCUACACCCUUGUCUAUGGAACCCAGUCUUCCUGUGACCCCACCGCUCUCUCCUCCCCCUGCGCUCGAGCCUGCACGUCUGUACGCCCACCACGGCUCGCACCACCACACCCAAAACCACCACGGACACCACGACGUGAGCCCUCCAGACUCGCCACCUCCGCUCGCCCACGCUACUUUACCUGCAACAGCAACACUGCCGCUGCCGCUGCGCACGGGAUCCCAUUCGCCCUUGUCCGCAUCGGCCGCGUCGCCGCAGCUCUCCUCGUACUCGUCUUCCUCCCCGCAUCAUUCGCAUUCACAAUCUCACUCUCAGCACCACCACCACCAGCAGACACACCACAUGGCACCGAUGUCCUCGCAUUCCCAGAAUCAGAAUCAAAGUCAAAGCCAGAGUUACUCCAACGCGAACACGAGUCACCACGGUAAUAAUAGCACCACCAACGGCUCGAGUUCCAGCUCGGGCUAUUCUUAUAGGCAUGCGACGACGACGUACCAGGAGCAGUCGCCGAGCCAGAGCGGGAACGGUGCGGGGUAUACGUACGUGCAUACCACGCCGAUAGCCCCUGCGCCGCACCUGUCCUCGUCUUCGUCGUCUGCCUCUCCGGGCGCUUCGUCCUCGUCUUCGCAUUCGCAUUCUCAUUCUCAUUCGCACUCGUCGUCGGUUGGAGGGUAUGCAUCGUCGUCGUCGUCGUCUUCGGUGCAGCAUGAUGGGUACCCGCCUAUUGCGACGAUCCAGCAGGAGGGGCAGCAGAGCCAGAGCCGGGGGCACAGCCCGCACUCGCGGCACUCUAUCUCGCACAUUUCGCAUCCGCAAUCGCAGGCUUCGUAUUCACAGCACCCGCAGUCGUCGAGUGCAGGUUCUGCCUCGCCCUCGUCCUACUCUGUUUUCCAACAUCAGCAGCAGCAGCAGCAGGUGGAAGGUAGCUCGUAUCACCAUAGUAUGGUUCAACAACCGCAGCAGUCUGUUGAGCAGCACCAUCAUGCGCAUCAGCAGACUUUGGGGUAUACGUCGAGUCUGCAUGGCGCGACGUCCGCGUCGGGAUCGGUUUCGCCGACAUCGAGCACAAGUGUCGUCGCUGGGAACAGUGUUUCGGGGGCACGGUUCAACGCGAGCCCGCCACCGAUUUUGGCGCCUAUUCAGCAGCAGUCGGAGAGGUAUUUGAGGAGAGAGUCGGAUGUGGGUGUUAUGCAGCCGCAGCCUCAGCAGGCGCAGCAUAGGCUGCCGUUGCCGUUUGGUCAGGCGCAUGCACAGGCGCAGGCGGCUCAAGCUCAGGCUCAGGCGGCUCAGGUGCAGGCGUCGUCGUAUAUCCAUCAUACGCAGUCCCAGCCGAUGGGUGGUGAUUCGUAUUACCAUCAGCAGCAGCAUCAUCAGCAACAGCAGCAGCAACAGCAGUAUGGGCAUCAUCAGCAGCAGUAUGGACAUCAGAGUCAGCAUGCGCAUCCUCAUGCGCAUCAUUCGUUGAGCCAUGGUGCGUGGAAGACGGAGAGUGGGAUGAGGAGGAGUGUCGGUGCUACGCUCGUUUGA